UAAAAACAGGGUAUAAAGAAAGAGGCAUGAAAAGAGAAUUUUCACUCAUUUCAUUGUAUUGUAUGUAUAAUCAAGCCUCGUUUUCGGGGCGAUUUACUUUUAUGUUUUAAAAUAAAAUAUUUAAGAAAAAAAGGGUUUUAAAAUUGGAUUCGAGAGGAAGAAGAAUGGCAAUGGCCUUAUCUAUGAAACUACUGGCAAAUGCCAUUCUUCUCUUGAUAUUAGUUGCGGUCGACUCCGAGGCUAAGGGCUUGGGUCUUCACCGUGCCGUUCGACGCGGUCCGCCUCGUGGGGGUGGUCGGAGAAAUGCUAAUGAAAAGAUCUUUAAUGUGUUACGGUUUGGUGCAAAAGCAGAUGGUAGAAAGGAUAAUGCAUUGGCAUUUAUUCAGGCAUGGAAGGCUACAUGCAACUGGGGUGCAAAAGCAAGGCUAGUGGUUCCAAGAGGAGUGUUCUUAGCAUCGGCCAUUGUAUUUCAAGGACCAUGCAAAAAUCCAUCUCCGGUUGUUCAAAUCUUAGGAACUCUAAAAGCCGUAUCGGAUAUGAGUAAUUAUGCAGAAGAUUUUUGGAUAUCAUUUGAAAAUGUAAACGGCUUAUUACUCACCGGAACCGGCGUUAUUGACGGCCAAGGCCAAAAUGUUUGGAAAUAUAACAGCGGCGGCGGCGGAAGUUUCCCAGCAAAUAUUAAAUUCUUACAUGUGUCAAAUGGAAUCAUAAGACAAAUCAAAUCUGUGAAUCCAAUGGGGUUCCACAUUGGUAUUGUUCUGAGCCAGAAUAUCAUAGCUAGGAAUCUCCAUCUGAAUGCUCCCGGAGAUAGUCCCAACACCGAUGGUAUUCACAUCAGUCAAUCCAAUAAAGUCAAAAUUGUUCGAAGUGUCAUUGCUACCGGCGACGAUUGCGUCGGCAUGAUUCAAGGAAGUACCGAUAUCACUAUCAAGAAAGUCCUUUGUGGCCCCGGACAUGGCAUCAGUAUUGGAAGCCUCGGAAAGUAUCAAAAUGAGAAAGAUGUGAGAGGUGUGAUCGUAUCAAAUUGCACAUUGAGGAACACAGACAAUGGAAUUAGAAUCAAAACAUGGGGAGGAUCGCCUCCAAGCCAAGCUUCAUCCUUGAUUUUCCAAGACAUCGUCAUGGACAAUGUUCGACAUCCCAUCAUCAUCGAUCAAUCCUACGGAUCUAAAGGCUCGCCGUCGAGGGUAAAGAUUAGCGAUGUUAGAUAUACGAACAUAAGGGGAACGACAAAUUCGGAAGUCGGAGUGGAUCUUCAAUGCAGCAAACAGGUUCCUUGCGACAGGGUUCAAUUGUCAAACAUUAACCUAAAGUACAUUGGUGGUAAAAAACUAGGUUUCUCAUCUUCAUGUACAAAUGCAAAAGUAAGCUAUGCUGGAACGCAAUUUCCACCACCUUGCAGAUAAAAAAUUACGAUCUCUGCUCAUAUGUAUCAGUAUUACAACACGACGGGUCCGAAGUUUACGGAAUUACAGUUAUUACAGUUGAUAAAGCUUCAA